AUGACUGCUUGUUCCCGCUUUAGGCUAUCGCAACUAUGGUCUAGAAAAGGCAGGUUCCUGCGCCUCUCAAGAUCUCUGCUGAGCGCCAAGGAAGCGUCGUGCUAUCUCAUUUGUUGGAACCAUUGGAAACUUGAUCGUCGCCACUUCUACACAACGUCUUCCAUCUAUGCAAAACUCAUUUGGUUUACUCAUGACAAGAAACCUGCUUUAGAGGACUGCGAUUUUAUCUACGACAAGGUCAUCAAAGCUUUUGUUUUCACAAAGACAAAGGAUUGUCAAUUCAUAUCGACAUAUUUGGAUUUUUACAAAGAUUUAACUGUUGUUGUAAUCAUUGCUAUUGUGGAUAUCAUAACCGUAGCAAAAGUACACUUGAGCAGUAUCCAGUUACGAAACGCUGGUCAACAAAUAGAUAGUCGCCGCAAGAAAGAGAUCAACUUUUUGAAGCAGGCUGUCCUACAAGGAAUGAUUUUUGUGGUAGAACUCUACACUUACUUUCAUCUAGCAUGGCAAGUUGAAAACGUUUGGGCUGUCUGGGUUGCAACUACGGUAGCUUGGACAUUAGUUCACUCUACGGACGGGCUGAUUAUAAUUGUGUUCAAUGCGGAAUUUAGAAAAUUGGUAUCUUCACCAAAACAAAUUUUCAAAGUUACAGCUCAUGAAACACAUUCAAAUCUGGCAGUGGAAAGGAUUACUGAAAAGAAUCAAGCCUGA